AUGAAGCGGAUCCUUUGGGGAGGAAAAAGAGGAAGAACCCCCCCGUUCCGCCCUUUCGUAAAUUUGGGCUACUCACGCAAGUUGGGGAAGAACGACAUGCACACAGGGCGGUACCUCUGCCUGAACAACGACAAGCGGACUCUCAACAAGUUCGCAAAUUUAGAAAAAAUCCAUUUGAAGAAAAACACAUGCACAGGCAAGGUAGAAAUAUUCAUCGACGAUUUAAUUUUGUUAACGAAUGGGAAGAACGUACUCUCCUUCGAAAGCUUCGAUCUGUGCUUUUUGAUAAAGGAUGAGUUGCUGCGGAAUAGGGAAAAGAUGGACUUGCAGAAAAUGCCCCUCACGUUGAUGGCUAACAAUUUGGUCGAUUUUUUGGAGGGAAAGGUACCCCAAGGGGGAGACACACAUAUGAAAGAGGAGGAUAAAGGGAGCUACUUCCAAUCGCAGAGAACCAUCAUGGAAAAUAAAAUCUUUGAAAAUUUUCAAAACGAUUUAAUUCUUUACCAAAAUGGAGACCCUAACAUAAUGGACCGAGUGAAGAAAGGGGGAAAGUACUGCCAAACGAUUGACUUGCCGAAAAGUCUUAAUUAUGUAGAAAAUUACAAAAUAAAAAAUUUGAGGGAGGAAGAAAAUAAUGUCUAUAGUAAAUUCAUUUCAAUUUUUGAAAACAUUCAUGGAGUUAAGUUAAGAAGAGCAAAUCACUUCGAAACUCCUGUGCAGGAUUUGCAUGUGGAGGAGAAAAUAAAAAAUUUGAUAAAAAAUAUGAACAGUUCAGGCAUUUUUUUGUUUUACAAGUGCACACAGAUUUUGAAUUCCUUCGUUUUUAGUUACCUUUUUUUGCAUGGGCACAUGGGUUAUAAGGAUGUGUAUCGGUGCUGCAACUUGGAGUACAUUUACCAGUUCGUUAAAUGGGGUUACGUGUACGACGUGCACGGCGCGAGGGACGCGGGUGCGUUGCUCGCCCUCUCGUCGCUGCGCUUGUUUGGGGCGCUCCUCCGCCGGGAAGGGGCGAAGUGGGGGGGG